AUGGAUUUGAAUAAUCAAAAUACUAAUAGAAUCAGAAGAUUUUAUAUAUUAAUUCAUUAAAAUAGUGCAAACUUAAAAAGAUUUAAUGUUGGAAGAUUAAAAUCUAUCACCUGUUCAGCUGUUUUAUUAAAUUUCAGAAAAAAAAAAUUACAACCUAUAGUUGCUAAUUUCCAGAUUUAUCAUUUGACUUUGUAGAAAACUAGUUUCUUAUAAAAGAUGAAAUAAAAUUUAGUAAUGAAAUCCCUUUAUGACAUUAAAUAAAAGUGGAAUUAUAAUUUGAUCAAUUAAAAGUUGAUAUAAAAUUUUAUGAGAAUUAAAUUUUAUCUCAUUUUACAAAAAUAUAUAAUGUUAAAUAUUUUCAUAAUUAAUAAUUAAAAAUUUAGUUUGGAAACUACUUAUAGUAAUAUAAGAAUUAAUUAAAUGUUUUCAUUAAGAACUUUUAAUUUUAUUAUUGCUUUUAAUAAUCAGAAUAUUAAGACUGUCAUAUAGUUGCCUAACUUGUGAUGGCCCAACUAAUGAAAAUUGUUUAUCUUGUUCUGAAUCUUCUAAAAGAAUCUUCUUAAAUUAAUAUAAAGUGUGUAUUUGCCCAUAUUAUAAAAUUGAUUAAGAUGGAAAUGUUAAACUUAUAAAGAUUCAAAUUAGUUACUUUUUAAAAGUAAUAAAAUACCUAAACAAUAAAGUUUGUAAGGUUAUUUUGAAUGUAAAAUUUUAAAUAAUAUUUUUAGUCCCUCAAUUGUCAAAUAAAAUUUGAUUACAAUUUUUGA